UGGACGACCAUGGGGGCGGUCAGAGGGGCUGCCCUUUCCACCUCCAUUCACACUCUGAAAGGCUGAUGUUGCGUCUUUCUCUCUCAUUGUGCAGUUUCGUUCGCUUAUUUCGCUGCUGGGGGAAAUGGAACCUGAAUGAGAGUUUGCCUAUUGUUGCAAGAGUUUUGUUUUUGAUUAUCAAGGCAAUUAUUUCAUGCAACACAACUGCACUUUUAAUCGCUUUUUUUUUUUUUUGCCUGAUAUCUUGCUCAGUAAAUGUCCAGCGCGUGGGAGCUCGUCUUGGUCUUUGGGAUUGUUACAACUCUACACUGUGCGCACGUUUAGCUCUUUUCCACAAUGUUUACGCACAAAACGGACCCCAUUUGAAACCGACAGUCCGAAUUUGAACACCUAAGGGAGGAAUGGAUUUACUCGGUGGGCGACUCAUGCAAAAGAGCAAUAAUGUGUGAAAUCCCUUUACAACUUUUGGAGGCUAGAUGUGUGAGGGAUCAAAGUUGGCAUAAUGCACCCAACUCGAAUAAGAUCGGAUGGAUACGUGCGUAUUUGUUGAUGCUCUUCAUUUGGGAAUUACCCGAACUUUCUUUGUGUGCAAGUGUGGCAGGAUCCAAAGUUGCACACGAAGGAUUUUGUCCCAACAAGCUGAAUUCUAAUCUCUGGGUUGAUGCACAAAGCACCUGCGAGAGAGAAUGCAACAUCGAUGAGGACUGUGCUGACUUUGAGAAAUGCUGCACCAACGUGUGUGGUCUCAACAGCUGUGUGGCUGCACGUUUCUCUGAUGGCACCCCUGCCCAGCCAGAUGGGCAGGGUGGAGAGGGAGGAGGUGAUGCCCCCACCUCCACAGCUACCUGUGAGGGCUUCAUCUGCAGCCAGCAGGGAGCAACCUGUGACAUCUGGGAUGGACAGCCCAUCUGCAAGUGCCAGGACCGGUGUGAGAAAGAGCCCAACUUCACCUGUGCCUCAGAUGGCCUCACCUACUUCAACCGCUGCUACAUGGACGCAGAGGCCUGCAUCCGUGGGGUGACUUUAACUGUGGUCACCUGCCGCUUCUACCUGGCCGGGCCCCACACCAGCCCACUGCCUCAGGACACUACAGCGAACCCCACUCCGACAUCCUCCCAGGAGGACCCUAUGCCGCCCACACUGUACUCCAACCCUCACCACCAGUCCAUCUAUGUGGGAGGCACAGUCAGCUUCCACUGUGACGUUAUUGGAGUCCCCAGACCUGAUGUGACAUGGGAGAAACAGAGUGAACGGCGUGAACGGCUGGUCAUGAGGCCUGACCAGAUGUAUGGCAACGUGGUCAUCACCAACAUCGGUCAGCUUGUCAUUUACAAUGCACAGGUGUGGGAUACAGGUAUCUACACCUGCAUUGCACGGAAUUCUGCAGGAGUUCUCCGUGCAGACUACCCACUGUCUGUCAUCCGCCGGUCUGAUGAUGACUUCUCUGAGGAUCCUGAGAUGCCCAUGGGGCGGCCAUUCUCACCAGCAGACUGCCUGGCUGAAGUGGACGUGAGAGUGUGCAGUGGUGAGCGCCACGUGGACUGGUAUUAUGACAGCAAGCUGGGCUCCUGCAUGGCCUUCAGCAAUGGUGGAUGUGACGACAGCCGCAACCGCUUUGAGACUUACGAGGAGUGCAAGGCGUCCUGUCAGAGAGAGGGGAUGGGUAUCUGCUCCCUGCCUGCUGUCCAGGGCCCCUGCAAAUCUUGGGAGCCACGUUGGGCCUGGAAUUCCCUCCUGAAACAGUGCCAAGCCUUUGCCUACGGUGGCUGCCAUGGGAAUGCCAACAGCUUCCAUACCAAGAAGGAGUGUGAGGCAAACUGCCCACAAGCCAAAAGAAAACCUUGUAAGACAUGUCGCGUGAAGGGGAAAAUGGUGCCCAGCUUAUGCAGGAGCGACUUUGCUAUUGUGGGGCGGCUGACAGAGCUGGUGGAGGAUCUGGACUCGGGGUUAGCCCACUUUAGCUUGGAGGAGGUCCUGAGAGAUGAAAAGAUGGGCUUGACUUUCUUCAAUACCAAGCACCUAGAGGUGACUAUCGCCAAGAUAGACUGGAGCUGUCCCUGUCCCAACAUCACCAUGGAGGAAAACCCAUUGCUGGUGAUGGGUGUUGUUCAAGAUGGCAUGGCCAUCAUCCAAUCAGACAGCUACGUCAGAGCCAUAACUGAGCGCAGACUGAAGAAGCUGCGUGAUGUUCUGAAUAAAAAGACCUGUGAGGUAUUGUAGAAGUCCCAGGACACGGACUUGUUAUCCCACAUAGCGUCUGUGGUCACCUUUACCUUUAGCACUGAAGAUAAGCAUCAGAACUGCAACAAGACAAGCUGAUAUUUAAUAACAACUCUUUAAAUCAAAAGACAAAAAUAUGUCAAAUUUUGUAUGUUAAUGGCUUUAUGAGACAUGACUCGUAUGUACAAUAUAUAUUCAUUACAACACAGGUUGUACUACAUUCCAGAUGUGUUGUGCGUCCAUUAAUAGCAAUGCUGAAAUGUGCUUUUUACAUAAGUUUAAAUAGAUAUUCUCUUUUGACAUGUAUUCUGUAUGUUUCUGAAAAAUAUGAUAGCAGCCACAUAAGUUAAUCAACAAGCUUGUGAUGCUAAAGAAACAAACACCUACAGUAUGUUACCUCUAUGUUAUGUUUAUGUGUUUUAUUGUUUUGUGUUUAUUCUGUAUAGGGCUCUUUAUACUAGUCAUUUACAUAGCUGUUUUGUAUAGGUUUCUUUUGUUGUUAUGUAUGAUUUAAAGCUC